CCGUUUCGUCUUUUCCGCUUCCAAGAACAGCUCUCUCUCUCCCUCUCCCCCCCCCCCCCCCGCUACUCCUUCUUUAAAGCGGUUUUCCUAGGCGGUAUUCCGGCGAGUCUAUGGCCCGAGGCAACAAGGCCGCGCCCGUGCCCGUGGCCGACGAGCUCCGUUGCAGGCGGUCCGACGGCCGAGAAUGGAGGUGCCCGAGGCGCGCCAUGGCCGGGGUCAGCUUCUGCGAGUACCACUACCACCUGGCCCGCCGCAACCAGGCCAAGCACAAGGAGCUGCUUGAAUCCGCCUCCAAGCCCCACCGGAAGCCCGGCCUUCCCCCUCGCCCCCGUCCGAAGCCGCCCGAUCAGCCGCCGAGGAAGCGGCGGAGGAAAGGGGAUCCUCCGACGAAGGAGCUGACCGCGGUGGCGCUGAGGCGGCGGAUGGAGAGGAGGGAAGAGAGAGAGAUGAAGAAGGGGGAGUCCGAGGGGCAGACGGAGCUGACGAGGGACCUCCCUAAUGGGGUAAUGACCAUCUCCCUGACUCCUGCGAGGGAUUCCGGCAAUGCCGGCCCGCCCUUGGACCGGAAGCUAGGGUGUGAUCAAGAACCGUUCUUGAGGAGGUACAUCCGGUCCAAGAACGUGGAGCCGCUCCCCGUGGGACCCCUGAAGAAAUUUCCUUGUGGUAAGGGUCUGCGAAGGGGACGAAAGAGGAUUUGUCAUAGAUGUGGGGAGAGUAAGGUGGUUCGUAAGGUCUGGUGUUCGAGUCGCCGGAAGGAGUCGUGCUCGAGCUGCAUAAAGAAAUGGUACUCUGAGAUGUCUGAGGUGGGAGUAAAGAUAUCUCGUCCCAACUGUUGUGGCUAUUGUGAUUGCAAAACAUGCAUGCAUGCUGGAGCUAAAGCUGGUGGGUGUAAGGUCAGCUUCCUUGCUGGCUCUUUUACAUUUAAUCGCAGAAUGCUCCAUUUGCUGCAUGGGAGCCUUUCUUUGCUCUAUCAAGACUGGCUGCUGCCAGUGCUGAAGCAGAUAAGCCAAGAACAAAUUACUGAGCUGGAAAUAGAAGCAAACAACCAAGGAAGAAGAUUAUCAGGCGUUCAGAUUCAAGUGGCAGAACGUGGCCCCAAUGAGAUACUUUACUGCAAUCACUGCAAGAACUCAAUCAUUGAUUUUCUUAGAAGCUGCCCAAGAUGCCCUUAUAAACUUUGCUUAAGUUGUUGUCAAGAGAUACGCGGGGCAAACAUACUUAAAAAAGUUGCAGUUGCUACCUUAAAGUUUCGCAAUGAGAGAAAAGCCAACAAACAUGCUGGCAAGAUACUUAAUGGAUUGAAGCAAAAACUCUCCGUUAGAAUGUCUCCUGAUAUGUCAUCUUUGUCAACUAAACUAUUGUUGCCUGAAUGGAAAUCUGAAAAUAGUGAGGGCCAUAUUGCUUGUCCAUCCAAGGAACUUGGUGGCUGUGGCAAUGGUCUUAUGCAUUUGGUCUUCAUGUUGCCAUUCAACUGGUCUGAGGAAUCGGAUAUAAGUGCAGAACAAAUUGCUGUUUCGUGUAAGCGUGCAAGAAGCCUUUGCUGCAUAGGUUGCAGUGGUGAUUAGGUGAAAUGAUUUGCAUUAGUGAAGGUCUCGAACACCCUACACUGGAAUAAAAGCUGUUCCUAGUGUUCUUCGAAGUACAGCAUUAGCUGCCCAAGUUCCAUGCUUUUCUUGGAAAUCAGUGCCAAUAAUGCUAGUAAAGCUGCAAAAGCUGCUGAUUGCUCAGAUUUGUUGAGGUAAUUGGUAUCUACCUGAAGCAUUCAUAACAGAUGACGUCAUAUGCUGUUUCAGUCAACUUAUUCUAUUAUUUUUCUAUAUGAACUUUGGCUUAUCUAAUUUGGAUUGCACAAAUCUAUAGUAGAUGUCGUGCUAACCUUGGACUUGGUCUUUAAUAGCUAUUAAUAAGUGCAACCUAAUCGUUGAUGGUUUCUUUGAGCUUUGACUCGAUUUACCAUACUGGAAUUUUCUACUUGAAACUUACAAUGUUAAUAAACAUGGUGAAAUUCUGAUUCAUGAGAUAAAUAUGCUUUAUUUAAUUGUCAUAUCUUUAAAGACCAUAUACAUAAACUUCACUAGCAACAUGUAUAUGCACGAUUGUUGCUUACAUGGGCUAUGUUGGUCUUCUAAUAUAUGCAACCAUGUGUAUCGUCUUGUGCAGAAAAGUCCGUCACUCAUUCUGUUUAUAACCUUCCAUGCUUAUGGAAUGGGAUUAUAAGAACCUUUUUUGACACAAUUAAAAAUUCUUGCAUGUUAAAUGUAAUGACUUCUAUCUACUGCAAAACUUCCACGCUACAAGGAACUCUAGGUGCCUCCUCUCCUAGUCUUCAGUAUUCAGCUAAUUGUUCACCUUUGUUAUGUAUUCUAUGGGUUAAAAAUCUUCCCUGUAUCUAGUUCAGGUACUGCAGAAAAUUGCGUCACUAUUUAACCAAUCUAUGGCAACACAAUAUUCAUUGUUUGUGAUUAUUUUUCCCUUACUGCCUUUCUAAAGCAAGGUUGUCAAUCAAUUUUAAGAAGGAUUUCAUUUCCAAUAUUUGUGCUGGAGUUUCCCAAGCUCUUAUGGUACUUGUUGAAACAGAUGUGCUACCCCAAUUUGAUCAGUUGCAUAUCAUAAUAAAACAGCAUGCUGCAUCUUACUGAUACGUGGCCUUUUUGAAAAUUUCAGAAGGCAUAUCCAGUUGGUGCUUGUCUUAACCAACUAACAAUCUGUUGCCAGCAUAUCCACCUGAUUGGAGGAGAUUCUUGCUUUAAAUCAAUAUGAGAGUUGCUUGAUUCGUUUCAUCAUAUUUUACUUUUGAUCUCUGAUUUUCUGCUGAUGUUGAUUGAGCUAGUGACGCUAGUAAUUAUCCCUAGCUUAUCCUUGACUAACAAGAAUCAAGAUGUGGCCUCUUACUUAUCACAUGAGUUGCUAGGAUUCUCUAGUUUUAUAGCCCUCCAUUCUGAUGGUUUGGUUGCUACUCUAAUCACAAAAGCCUACACUUUUUUUUGAGCAGACAAUGUUACUUCUGCUGAUAUGGCCUUUACUCCUUCAAGUAUAUUGUUUUUGUAGUUUUAUUCAUCAAGUGCCACACUAAUGGAGUAAUGCCUACUUGUAUUAGGUCUAACUCCCCCUCUAGCAUGUGUGGUUGUGUCUGUACGUGUACAUUUCUGCAUACGUCAUAUUUGCAUUUAUUACAUGUGAGUCUCGUGUAUACAAGCAAUAAGGACAUAUUUUGGCUGUUGCCCUCAUUUAGUUAAUUAUUGCAGUCAUUGACCGUAAACAGGCAAUCCAUUUAGUUGCUCUUCAGGUUCAUGUGCUGUUCAUUCUUAUCAAGCAACAUCUUAGUGAAUGCAUACGUGGAGAAGAUGUUACACUAAUCAGCCUUUUACCAUGGUUGUAUUAUUUUACGGGAAGGCUCUUGAGUCUCUUAGGGGGAAGUCUUAUAAGCAUCAUUUAUUCUUAUCAAUAUUUUAUGGGAAGCCUUUUACCAUCCAUCGUUUAUUCUGUUUUUCCAACAGAACUUAUAUUAUUUGUUCAUUGCUACCUUACUUAUAAUUGAACAUUGUCUUAGAUGAUUGUUUUCUCACUCACUUCUGACACGGUUAUAUGCAAUGAAUAUGAUUAAUUAGCUCAUAUUCUUGUUUUUCUAUAGAUUGCUUUUCUUGAAGUUGCUGGUUUGUCCAGGAAUCUAGUUUCCUGCAGAACUUAAUCUAGUUAAACCAUGUUAGGCGAUCCCUCUCUCGCAGCAUAAAAUUUCUGUUGCUUCAGGGUUGGAGGUAAAUCUGGGGGAAAUGGCCGUGACAAAGAAGCUUUUCAUUUUUGCUGCAUUGCUUCAUGGAUGUAUUGUCCCCUUUAUUGCUCUUUAAUUUUUCACUUUAACGUAUACCCUUUCAUCUAUAUAAUCAAAUUUCCUGCUACAUAUUUUCAAGCUUUUCCCUCAUCUGUUUCUGAGAAAUGCAGGAACCCAUCUUAUGCUAAGUUGGCGUCCAUGAGUGAAUCUCGGGCAUUAUUGUAGCUGCUUUUCUUAAAAAUAGGAUAUGCAUCAGUUUGUAGCUGGACAAUUGAGAGUAGGCAACUUCUAUCAGAUGAUUAGAUGAUCGUACAAGCAAAAAGAGGAGAUAAAAGAAGUGCAGGAAACUACACACAGAUGGGCAUUUGCACUCCCUACUGCUAUGCUGCAUACAGGCAUGAAUGCUAACGUGGAUCCCCAAUAGCAGAAUAUUUGUUUGUCGAAUAUGAUCCUUGAUGGAAAGUUGGAAAGGUGCAAGUGGUUGUAUCAUUGGUAGAACCGCUAUUUUCAUUGUUGUGACGCAAGGUUCGCUUAUGGGAACAUCAUUCUGGCUUUGACGUGCCUUGCAUGCUGAAUGUAUUAGCGAGAGGUUGUGAACUUGGGUGAGCACAGAAGAUGUACAAUCAUAUUUCUAUUUCAAGAAAUGUUCAGGGCUUAUGAUAAAACUCCCAAGAUCUCAUUCUCGAAAUAGUUAAAAUAAAAAGCUGGGUGGCGUCCAAUUUACUGGGUGAGGUUUCCUUUUAAACCGCCCACAAAACUGGAUUUCAUGCUGGAUUUUCAACUAUUUGGAAA